ACGGCCCUCAGCGCCUUUUUCCAAGAGACCAACAUCCCCUACAGCCACCAUCACCACCAGAUGAUGUGCACUCCAGCCAACACCCCCGCCACGCCCCCCAACUUCCCCGAUGCCCUCACCAUGUUCUCCCGUCUCAAGGCCUCCGAGAGCUUCCACAGCGGAGGCAGCGGCAGCCCGAUGGCCGCCACGGCCACGUCGCCCCCGCCGCACUUCCCGCUCGCCGCCACCGGCAGCUUCGCGGCACCCAGCUGGCCGGCUGCGGCCUCACCCCCAGGGGGGGCACAGCACCACCAGCCACAGCAGCUGCCCCUGUGGACUCCGGCACCCCCUUCCCCGGCGUCAGACUGGCCGCCACUGGUCCCCCAACAGGCCGCCUCAGAACCCAGAGCCCACCCUGCCAUGGAGGCCGAGAGAUAAGGGAGGCCCCUCCCCCCUCCCGGAGGCCAGAACCCCGUGGGGCGGGGGAGAGGACGUCUCUGCGGGCCCCCUUCACCCUCCUCUGUCUGCACCCCGAUUCCCCAGAGCCCUGGGGGGGAGAGACCGGACCCUUGUGCCAGUACACAGGCUGCCCGCAUGCGUACCCAGCAGCGCGGGCCUGCGGCACCCAGCUUUCAUGGAUUUGGUUCAGAGUCGUCUGGGUGCUGGUGGACAGAACCUCAGAGAACAAGCAGCCUUCCCCCGAGGACUCACCUGCCCCACCUCACCCCAGGGGGCUGCGGAGCUCCCCGGGGCCGGUGGGCCUAGAUCCCCACCCUCGGGAAUGCAGAGCCUUCUCCGCAUGUGUGCGUGUCGCUGUGUCUGUGUAUUUAUAUGUAUGUCGCUCUUCGAGAAGCAACCUAGUUUAUGGGGCAGCUGGACUUUGCAUGUUAGAGUGAGCCCCCUCUCCCCUUGUCCGCCGUCCCUCUCCCCAGGGCCCUGCCCCUCUCCCCUGCCCCCUGGGCAGUCAGCCUUGCUGUUCCCUGCAGAGAAAAGGAUUGUGGGAAACUCCAGGACUCUUCCCACCCAUCCCCCAGCGCCUGCCUGCUGGGGCUGCCUGCAUGCUUCCCCAGAGCCCGGGGGUACCCCAUCCCCAGUUCCUUUCCCCCUUUUAACAAAGGAGAAGAAAGAGUUCCAAACCAUCACCAGGCUCUGUGGUCUUGCCUCGUAUCCUAAGCUUUGCUGCCAGCUGGCCCUGUGUGGAGGGGGAGGGAGCCAACGGAGCCCAGAGCAGGGGCCCACCCCCCAGUCCCGCCUGGCUCCACACCGCUCCUGUCUGUUGCUGUCUUUUCAACCACAACAUGCUCUGGAAUCUUCCUGCCCACCCCAGCCUUUUCCCAUGAAGUUAGUUCCUGCCCUGUGUUCCCAGAACCCCUGCCUCUGUCUGCUUACCCUUCCCCCUGUCCGACUGGACAGAUCCCGACCUCCAGGGCUAACAGCUGCCUUCCGGUCUGCCUGGGUUUCACAGAGGACUUUUCUUCCUGGCUUAGGGCCCCAAUGACUG